GUCAAUUGAAAUCGAGGCUGAAGUACUCAUGAAGUAGUUAGGUGUGGUGUGUGUGACGGUAGCGUUGAUUUACAAUGGCGUGCUUUAUUAUUGAAUAUUUUACUCUUUUGAUCUUCUUUUUAUCACUUGGCAACUGUCAGCGAACUCCGACAAUUUCGCACAUAACUCAAGAACAGAUAAGAGAUAUCGGCGGUCAAGUUGAUCUGGACUGUUCCGUCCAUUAUGCACAGGACUAUCCAGUGCUCUGGCUCAAAUAUGAUCGUCAUAAGUCAACGGAGUCACUUCCUCUAUCAACGAAUUCCGGUCUAAUUAUUCGUGAUUCAAGAUUUUCAUUGCGUUUUGAUGCUGCAUCUGCUACAUAUACAUUAUCUAUAAAAGACAUCCAGGAGACUGAUGCGGGCUGGUAUCUCUGUCAAGUUAUAAUGUCAGUAAGCAACAAGAUAACCGCAGAGGUUGAGCUGCAAGUUCGAAGACCUCCGAUCAUAUCUGAUAAUUCAACGAGAUCCAUUGUGACCAGUCAGGGAGAAAGUGCCCAAAUGGAAUGUUACGCUGGUGGAUUCCCGCCUCCAAAGAUAUCGUGGCGUCGUGAGAACAACGCCAUUUUACCAACUGGUGGCUCCAUCUACCGUGGCAACAUAUUGAAAAUGAACUCAGUGCACAAGGAAGACCGUGGAACGUACUACUGUGUGGCCGAAAACGGAGUAGGCAGAGGCGCAAGAAGAAAUAUUAACUUGGAAGUAGAAUUUGCACCUGUCGUCACUGUACCCCGACCUCGAUUAGGACAGGCACUCCAAUAUGACAUGGAUUUAGAGUGUCACGUUGAAGCGUACCCGCCACCAGCUAUAACCUGGCUCAAAAACGAGGUGCAGCUGUCCAACAACCAACAUUACAGGAUCUCUCACUUCGCAACAGCAGACGAAUUCACAGACACGACACUGCGUGUGAUAACAAUUGAGAAACGUCAAUACGGUCUGUUCACAUGCAAGGCACAGAACAAACUGGGCACCGCACAGGGAACUGUGGAACUGUUUGAAAUGAUAAUCCCCGUGUGCCCGCCCGCGUGCGGCCAGACGCGCUACGCCGCCGCCGCCGCCGCGCCCGCCCCGCGCCGCCUCGCCGCGCUCGCCCUCGCCGCCGCGCUCGCCAGAAUCUUCAGUACCAGAUAUUAACUACCCCGGCCUCAGACUGGACCCGGAGAUCUACGGCAGUGCGGCGUCGCGGGCUCGCGUACCAACAGUAAUGACUCUAUCAACAAUAAUUACAUAUCUUCUGAAGUAUUUACAAUAAUUAAUUGAUGUGAUGAAUUCGAUCGAAAACGUUUUGGGAGUGUUAAAAUGCUGUAUCGAAUAUGAUAUAGGUCGUAGACAUUUUGAUAAGCAAUGUUUCGUAUGCUCAGCUAAAAAUAGACAAAAUUUUACAUUAAAAUCACGACUGCACUGAAUGAAUUGAUUCAUGUAUAGCCAGUGUCCUUCGGGUGUCAUCCAAAUCAGGCAUUUAAAAUUUACACGCCUUUUUGGACAGUCGUGUUAACAAGUGUUUAUGUGUAAUAUGCGACUUGGUAUGAAUUAUUUAAACAGAAAAUUAUUUGAAAUUGGUAAAUGUAUGUCAUUGACUUAUGUAUAUAAUACUAGACGCGCUGCUCGGUACUGAGAAUUUACGUACUAAGUUACGGUCAAUUGACCACAAUUUAGUCCAAUGCGAGCAAGCAAGAGUAGCUGACGGUCGUUGAAAGCAACGAUUUUUAAAGCAAUUGUUUCCUAAUAAAUUCGGACAAGUUUUCAGCAUCUAUUUUCUCAAGUAAACCCCCCUCGGUUUAUCCCCUUCCGCUUUCUACCCCUUUUCGUUAUUGUGACACAAUUUUAGUUUUGAACUUGUCUUGUAGUAUACGUAUAAGUCAAUGAUGUAUGUGUUUUGGAUGUGCCAUUUUGAUAUUAUGAGAUUCUAUUCUAAAAAAAAUAUCAAUAAGCAAUAAUAAUUAAUGUUGUAGAAGAUUUUUAGAAUUAAAUUUUGGAGGAAAUUAUUAACAAUUAAAGAUUUUGGUAAAAAUAAAAGAGUAAAUUAAUAUUCUACGUUAUUAGUGAUUGAUUUGUUAAUAAUGCUAUGGCAACAUUCCGCUUUUAAUUUAACAUUUUUUAAACAGAUUGAUAAAACGCGCCAUUUUUUAAUGUUAUUUAAAAACUGAUAUUAGAAAUUGAUUUGUAUAUUAUGAUUUUUUUUGUAUUAAAAAUGGCAACUCAGGCAAUAUUUUGCCGUAUUUUUUUUUACAUAACAUAAUUUACUUAUAAACUUUUCUUAGCGGGUGUUUAGUGAAACACUUACCUCUCCUUCUGACUUCGUCGAUUUUACAUUUGAAAGAAGGAGACAAACUAUAUAACUUUUUUUAUUAUAUAUUAAAUGAAAUGAAUGUACUUUAAAUAUCAAAACCAAGAAUGUUCUUAAUUGUAACUACGUACAAAUAAUUUCUAGUUUAGAUAUAGUUUUUAUAUGACUACCCAGACAAGAUUUUUUAUACAAGCAAUACGAACGACUUUCUAUGAUAUUAUGGCAAAUAAUAUCUAGACUACUCUCAAUUGUAUCUUUAAAAAUUCGUAAUGUGUGUUUUUGUAUAUUUUUGUACUGCAAUAUUAUACAAAAUUUCUUGUCAAAUACUAGUAAUCCUUUAAGACUGUGUGACUUGACAUCAUAAAUAGUAACCGUUAUUAUAGAACGAUAGACAAAACAUAAUACUUUAACCAAAAGUGAACUCAUAGAUUUUGCUGUUCUCUCUGAUUGUUUUUAGAUCUGUGUUUUAAAGUAAAUACUACGAGUACGAGUAGUAGCGAGUAACUCUCGCUUUUCGCUUUGAUUAAUAAUGCAAAUCAUAACAUUUAACAAGUAAAGUCAAGUUCAAACGCCGAACCGCCCCAUUUUGAUGUCACGUAGAGUUAUGAAAAUUUAGAGCGACCAAUUUUUUUUAAAUUUAUAAUACAAAAGCUGCAUAUGAUGUCGGUAACAUAAUCUUACGAGGUUAUUAAUGUUUAACAAUCAACAUGUACACAUAUAAUAUUUUAUAAUUGUCUGUCCUGACGAAGAUUUAAAUUUAAUGAAGAUUAUUAUAUUCGUAUACUAAUAUGUAAUCGUUCAACAUACAUUCGGAGAUAAUAUUCGAAGAUUUAAAAUAUUAUAUAUCUUUGAUAUCGUACAUUUGCUAAGGAACUUAUAAAUUAAAAAAAAAAAAAAUGAAAUAUUUUUUUAUGAAUGUUUACUGGACUGACAAUAAACUUUCUGACAAAUAUUGUAUCAGUAUUGGGGGGAUCUAUUUUAGUAUCAGAACGUAUGGUGACAAGGCAGACGCCGGGAAGUGAGGAGGGGGUAUA